GCGCGGGGAGGCGGCGCCGGGCAUGGGCAGGGGACGCGGCGGCCCCACGGCGGGGGCAGCGGGCGGCAGGGGCGGAGGCGGCCGCAGCUAGCGCCCUGCCCGGCGCUGCCUCCCUCGGCGCGCUCGUCCGGCGGACCCGCAGGCGGCGGACCGGCUCCAGGCUGCAGGGAAGGGCCCUGCCUCCGCGAGGAACCGUUGGUGGUGAGACCCGCUCGGAAGGAAGUAAGACGUUGCCAUCACAGGUUGGGGCUCAGCUACAUUUCCAGAACCAUCUAGUCAAGAUGGUAGACACAGAAAGUCCGAUUUGCCCCCUCUCCCCACUCGAGGCUGAUGAUCUGGAAAGCCCAUUAUCUGAAGAAUUUCUACAAGAAAUGGGAAACAUCCAGGAGAUUUCUCAAUCCAUUGGUGAGGACAGUUCUGGAAGCUUUAGUUUCACAGAAUACCAGUAUUUAGGAAGCGGUCCAGGAUCUGAUGGAUCUGUUAUUACAGACACCCUCUCACCAGCUUCAAGCCCCUCGUCGGUCACUUACCCAGUGGCUCCCGGUAGUGCUGAUGAACCUUCCAGCAUAGCCUUGAACAUUGAAUGCAGAAUCUGUGGGGACAAAGCCUCAGGCUACCAUUACGGAGUUCAUGCGUGUGAAGGCUGCAAGGGUUUCUUCCGGAGGACCAUCCGGCUGAAGCUGGCCUAUGACAAAUGUGACCGCAGCUGCAAGAUUCAGAAAAAGAACCGGAAUAAGUGCCAAUACUGUCGUUUCCACAAGUGCCUUUCGGUCGGGAUGUCCCAUAACGCAAUUCGCUUUGGACGAAUGCCAAGAUCUGAAAAAGCAAAACUGAAAGCGGAAAUUCUCACCUGUGAACAUGACCCAGAAGAUGCAGAAACGGCAGAUCUGAAGUCCCUCGCCAAGAGAAUUUAUGAGGCCUACCUCAAGAACUUCAACAUGAACAAGGUCAAGGCCCGGGUCAUCCUCGCGGGGAAGGCCAGCAAUAACCCGCCCUUUGUCAUACACGACAUGGAGACAUUGUGUAUGGCUGAGAAGACUCUGGUGGCCAAGUUGGUGGCCAAUGGCAUCCAGAACAAGGAGGCAGAAGUCCGCAUCUUCCACUGCUGCCAGUGCACGUCCGUGGAGACCGUCACUGAGCUCACUGAGUUCGCCAAGUCCAUCCCUGGCUUCGCCAACUUGGACUUGAAUGAUCAGGUCACUUUGCUGAAAUAUGGAGUUUAUGAGGCCAUAUUUGCCAUGCUGUCUUCUGUGAUGAAUAAAGACGGGAUGCUGGUAGCAUAUGGAAAUGGUUUUAUAACUCGUGAAUUCCUAAAGAGCCUAAGGAAACCAUUUUGUGAUAUCAUGGAACCUAAGUUUGAUUUUGCAAUGAAGUUCAACGCGCUAGAGCUGGACGACAGUGAUAUCUCCCUUUUUGUGGCUGCUAUAAUUUGCUGUGGAGAUCGUCCCGGCCUUCUAAACGUGGGACACAUUGAAAAAAUGCAGGAGGGCAUUGUGCACGUGCUCAAACUUCACUUGCAGACCAACCACCCAGACAACACCUUCCUCUUCCCAAAACUCCUUCAAAAAAUGGCAGACCUCCGGCAGCUCGUCACGGAGCACGCGCAGCUCGUGCAGGUCAUCAAAAAGACGGAGUCUGACGCCGCCCUGCACCCGCUGCUGCAAGAAAUCUACAGGGACAUGUACUGAGGGCUUGAAAGUGAGACACACAAGCCACGUGCCAAGGACUUCCAAAGUCAACAGCACUACAGAUGGGAAACGGGAGCAACGUCGGCUUUGCACAAAUUCCACCAUUUUCACCUCAGAGAAUGGGACGGAUGAGCCCUAGGUAACCGGAACCCUAGACCACAUUUCCUUCUUUUUCACACCAGUACUUCUGAGAACGUGCGAAGUAUUAAAAUGCUGGUGACAGGUA